UGCGGCUCCCGCACCUGCGCACAGUCAGAUCGAACUGUCAUGGACUCCGUUUUGACAGGGCUCGGUGUUUUGCUUUCGAAAAUUUCGGAAAAACAACGAUUUUAAUGGAAUAAUCGACAUCGAAAAGUGACGAAAUCGACGCGUAAGUGACUUUCCGCCAACUUUCCGACGUCUUUCUGUCAUAACAACGCGAGAGAGUUACGCAGGAAGGAAAACAAUGCCUAUUCAGACUUGGAAACUCCGACUGGCUUGAUGCAACUCGGUGAAUUCAACCACUGAAAAAGAUUGAUAACGUCAAAAUGCACAACACCAACGGCAAAAUUGUACGGGCUCUGACCACCACCAGCUUAGGCCAGCACGGUUCCCAGGAAUUGGGACGAAACAUUAUACUCAUAAGGAGCUCCAAAGCAUCGGAUUCUGGCCAAAUAUUGUUGAGAACGAACGAACCACUGAGGAGCUCAAAAACAAACUUGUUGGUGGAAGACGGCGGUAACAGUCAGACCAAACAGCGUCACAUCCUGAUCCAGCAGAACGACCUCACCGAAGGGGUCCUCGUCCAGUCCGUCAAACGGUUGACGUCCGGCACUCCGAUCCUUCUCCUUGGAGGGGGGGAAGGUACGAACGGUCACAUCCUGAUCCAGACGGGCCCGUCUCCCGCCGAAGAGGCCCGCGUGAACGAGGGCUCGUCGAUUGCGGACGAAUCGUCGAACAGCGACAACAUCUUGGUGCGGGCUUUCGAGGGGAUCCACGACGGCGACCCUGGCAAAAACGCGAACGGUUCCUGCAUCAAGAGCAGCUCCACGCCGAUCGGAUCCGACGGCGAGCCGAUCAAGUUACCGGAGAACCUGGAGAGCCUCCCCAGAGCUGACCACUUUCCCACGCAGCGCCACCGCUGGAACACUAACGAGGAAAUCGCUGCCACACUUAUCAGCUUCGAACGACACGCGGAAUGGCAGAGCAAGGAGGUCAAGAUCAGGCCGAAAAGCGGUUCGAUGCUGCUGUACAGCAGAAAGAAGGUGCGAUACCGUAGAGACGGUUACUGUUGGAAGAAACGUAAAGAUGGUAAAACCACGCGGGAGGAUCACAUGAAGUUGAAGGUGCAGGGGACUGAGUGUAUAUAUGGCUGCUACGUCCAUUCUGCUAUACUUCCAACCUUCCAUAGAAGAUGCUAUUGGCUUCUUCAGAAUCCAGACAUAGUACUAGUUCACUACCUGAACGUUCCAUACCCCGACGACAACAAAUUGGCUGUGAUAACUCCUAGCAUAUCGCUAUGGGCUGACAAAAAAGAAUGGACAAAGGAAGAACUAGUCUCGCAACUGAAACCGAUGUUCUUCAGCGAGGAAGAGCCAGACCUGAACAACGAAUUAGAGAUUUCGACUGCCGAGACAGUGGAAGCGAUCGUGAGUCAGUUGAUGGAAAAACAGAGGGUCGCACGUCAAGCUGCGUUGGUCAAGCAGCUAGAGUGCGGAUGUCCAGACUCGACCUGUGCAGAUGGGAAGAGCUGCUCUCAUCCGACAAGAAGACAGACACACCGUCCUGGACCCGCAAACAGCAGGCCGCCAAGCCGUCAAGACAACAAUCAGGUAUCAUCGACCACAGGUUCCGGGUCGAUCCAUACCAAUGGUCAACCACCUCGGGUAUAUUCCAGGGAGAUUCGAGGGCAGCAGAUCAUCCAAAAAACCACGCACGCUACGAACUCUGCCAACACCCCUCCUUUGGUCCUCAGUUUAUCGCAAAUCCAAGGAGGCGGCGGUCUUCUGAUUCUGAACAACAAUUCUUCCCAACAACAUCAGAAUCACCAAUCGUUGACGCAGUUUGCAAUCACCAACAAUCCCAACCAUAGGCAGAACAAAAACGAGCACGUCAUGAAGCAGGAAGCUAUGGAUACUUCUUGCAGAAGGGAGGCGAAAAUGGAAGUGAGCGACGGACUACAGCAGGCCAUGCUGGAAUUCAAUCGACAGCACGAAGUGAUAAUGACCAGUGCCCCUCCAACUCCAACAAAACGUUUGGACAAUCAACGUACCAACGAGUACAAGCGUCAAGAGUACGAAAACGUCGUUAUGCUAGGAUUCGACAACAGAGGACAGCAAAUGAACAAACACAACGGAAUUCCAUCCAAUACAAUCAACGGUCAUUUCAACGAAACCCUAGAUCUAUCCCAGGAAGAUAUCCAGAGGACGCUAUCGGCAAACAUGCCCUUAUGCUCGAGCAAUCUCAACGUUCAGCAGAGGCAUAGAGAAGAGAAGAACGAAUCCAACAAUUGUCAGAUACAGCAACACACCAUAGAACAUUCCGUGAACACCGAGAUAAAUCCCAUGGAUUUCAUCAAUACCUGCGACGUUGUUGGAUCUCCGACGCACGCCGUGGACGAUGAUGUGUUUGUUAAUCUAGACGCCUUCGAUAUGCUAGGAGAGUUCCCGGAUUUGGAGGUGUUGGAAUCGACCCACAACGGGAUUCUCGAUAUGAAUACUUCGGAGAUGCAGCGCAAUCAAAAACACCAGGUUGAUCAGCUGCAUAAUACCGUCGAAGGCACAGCUAAGAUCACUGACUACUCGCCUGAGUGGGCUUAUCCCGAAGGAGGAGUUAAAGUGUUGGUCACCGGACCUUGGCAAACUAAUAGGACGUAUAGUGUUCUUUUCGAUACAUUCCCCGUUCCUACAACUUUGGUGCAAAGUGGGGUUUUAAGGUGCUACUGUCCAGCCCACGAAGCAGGCUUAGCUAAUUUACAAGUUGCCUGCGAGGGUUACGUCAUCUCCAACACUGUGAUUUUCGAGUACAAACUUCCACCGAGGGAACAACAAAUAACGGCGCCAGAAAUGAAAUUAGAGAAAUCAACAGACAAUCUUCUGAAGUUUACCCUUCUCCAGAGACUCGAAGCGAUGGACGAUCGACUUCAGAUCAAGGAGGAGCCUGCCGACGGUUCUGAUGUGGUGGAAGAUACCGCACUCUUCACACAAUCAAAUUUUGAAGACCGGCUGGUGAGCUUCUGCCAAACCAUGACCACGAGGACCAGCAGGCAUAACGAAGAACUUUGUUCCGCUUGGUUCCCCAGCCAUAGAGGCAUGACCCUUAUGCAUCUAGCAGCAGCUCUGGGCUAUUCGCGCUUGCUUUCUGCCCUCCUGAAUUGGAGGGCUGAGAAUUCUUCGUUGUUUCUUGAAACAGAGAUGGACGCUUUGAGCAGAGACGAUGAUGGUUAUACUCCUCUGAUGUGGGCUUGUAGUAGGGGCCACAAAGCGGCAGCAAUAUUGUUAUAUAAAUGGAAUCACGUAGCACUGAACGUGAAAAACGAACAAAAUCAGACAGCUCUGGAAUGCGCCAGGGGAAACAAUCACUCUCAACUAAUUCGUGAAAUAGAGGCUUUGGAGAGUCGGAGAGAGAAGAUCGGCAUGACAGUCCACAAAUUGGGAACCUCUUUCGAUAAUUCUACGAACGUCAUCUCGCCGGCUGAGUCGCUAAAUUCUUUGGUAUCCAUAGCAUCCACCAGUAGAUCUCACGACGGUGUUUUUCUCAGGCCUGGAGCUGUAACUAGAAGCGAAACCAACAAGUACAGAAUUCUCAAUCUCGACAUCGAGUCCGAUUCCUCUUUGGAUUGCAAUAAGAUUCUGGGCUCUAGCCCUAGUCCAAUGCUAUCGGACUACUCUUCGAGCACUAGAUCUAAUGGGAGCUUCCAGAAACUCGUCAAGAGACCUUCCAUGGAUAGUGGAAUCAAUCUGACGGGCAUUUUCGAGAGACCCAAAACAUCCAAGAGCGCAAUGUCGAGGGAAAUGUCCAAAUUGUCGAAGUACGACCGCAGUCUAUCUCUACCAUUGAGCAAAGCGAACGACGUCCUGGACGAUCUGACUGAUGCGAACGGAAAGAAGAUGGAUUUCGUUUUGUGCGACGGUGCAAGAAGUCCGAUCAUAGACGUAGAGGCAGUAUCAGACGACGAGGUGUCAGAAAUCCAUGCCGCUGCUGCCGUAGGGGACCAAGAUGCAAGAGUUCUCACCUUGGCCGAGCAAAUAAUAGCAGCUAUGCCCGAUCGAAUAAAGAAUGAGAGUCAAUGCGAGGAGAUGAUAUUAGGCAACAGUCCUGGACCCCCCGACAAACUUUCUGGCGAUACGUUACAAGAUACAUUCAUGGAACCCCUAUUCGAUCAAUCGUCGUGUAGCUUCGAAUCGAAUGAAUUCAAUUUUGAGUUUUCAGACAACAACUAUCGGUACUAUGACGUUAGCACGCCUUGUUCCAGUUUGAGUCCAGCUUCGUCCAGUUGUUUGCAGUCACCCUCGUCCUUCAUCCUGGAUUCUCCCUCUCCUCCACCGACAACGGCGGAUUUUUGCGAAUUCUUUCAGGCAUCAGGAAGCGUGUUCGAGAAGGAUUUCUCCAAUCUGACGUUGUCUGAUCGGGAGCAGAGGGAGCUCUACGAAGCUGCUAAAGUUAUACAGAAGGCAUAUCGUUCUUACAAAGGAAGGCAACAACGGGAACAAGAGAAAGAACGGGCAGCCGCUAUCGUUAUCCAGAACUAUUAUCGCCGUUACAAGCAAUUCGCGUGGUGCAAACAAGCUACACGUGCCGCCACUGUGAUACAAAAUGGCUUUCGUUCGUAUCGCGAGAACAAGCGUUUGAAGAAGAGCCAGCAGGCUGCCGUCUGCAUCCAGACCUACUACCGCAGCUAUAAGGAGCAAGAGGGGCGACAAGUUAGGGGCGAACCUCAAUCUACCGGAUUCAGACGGACAAUUUCGCAAAGAAGACAAAAUCAGGCAGCCAGAAAAAUUCAACAGUUCAUGAGACAAUCAAAGAAUAAGUUACAGAGAGAACGAGCCGAAAAAGAGAAGCUGGGGGCCCUGUCAGUGGAUGUCCCUCAAAGAUAACAAUUUCCAGAAGUGUUCUGCUGCAUCGGCCUAAAUAGCAGUUAAGAAAGUACAAAAUAAUUUAACCGAGCAGGCGCUUUUCAAGUAGAGGGACUGUGUUAUACGAGUAAACUUCCUUGCCGAGCACAAUGAAAGCGAAAUGGAGUUCAUAAUUCAAUUAAUUUUCUUGAAUUUUCAAACUUGAAUGGAAUUGGUUGGAUCAUAUUUCUGACCGAACAGAAACAACAUUUGAAAAAGCGAAGUAAAUUUCAAUUAUUGACAACUCGACGACAAGGCUGAGGGAUGAAAGAAAAACUUACAUCAAUUGAAAUUUUAGAUUUAUCGUUUUCUUUUAAGUCUAAAAAUUUUGGGAGAGAAAAGCUGUACACAUUUCAUCGUAAAUGGUUCGAAAUUUCAUCAAUUUGAAUUUACAAAAUAUUCUACUGGAGAAUGUAGCAAAAGAUUGACAAAAAAGUGAGAUGACUUCAGAAACUAUACUGUUUUAAGCUGUGAUUGUAGUUUGGCAACACAUUUCGAAUACGAAUUGGAAGACCUUUUUCUUUCCACAUAUUGAACGAUUUUUCGCCUCGAUAUACCACUUGAUUCCAUCGAAAAUUGAAUCUUUAAAAAGAAAUGUGUUACCGAUUUGUAUAUAAUUUUAGCUCUUAUUAGUUUGGUGUAGGUAGAUGGUCUUACUUAUUUCGAGUUGGUUUGAGGAAAUUCAACGUGAUUCGGAAAUUUUAUAUAUUCAGUUUUGGGGAUGUUGAAUUUGCUACGAGACCUCUCCCUUGUAACUUAAUCUAUGUUUUAGAUCAUUUUGUUCGACUGAUUUCACUGCCAUCACUGUAGACUAGACAAAUCAGAAGUAAUUGCAGUAUAGCAGACUAACAAACACUGACUAUUUCGAUUUUUUUUCCAAUUUGAGUGUCCAGUUAGUUGAACAACGUAAAAGUUUGCUCAUACAUAUCAUUGUAGUUAAUAUUUUAAUACGUAAUGUACAGAUAUAGACUCAUAUUAUUGUACAAUGAAAAGGUAUGUACAUAAUCUGUUGAUAGAUUAGUUUGUGUAUUGCCUAACUCGAGGUAUUGGUGCUCAACAUUGAAAAUUAUUUAGCACAAAAGUAUUAUGUUUUUCGAGACUAGUCAAUUACAAGUGAAAGUCAUUCGAUUUCCACUUUGAAAAAGAAACACACGUACCUGCUGACGGGAUUGAAUACUAUCCACGUGAUUUUAUUCAAAUCCUUGUACAUAAAGUUGAUUAGCUGUACUUAUUUUAUUCAUUCGUUUCGAAUUAUCAUUUCACUAGGUAAGUGAAGUAUUUUUGUGUUCGAAAUUGCUCUGUAUCGAUUGCGACGACAAUGGUUUGUACUGGAAAAUACUUAGAGCAUAUUAUACGAUUCAAAAACAUUUUCAAUCAGUACCUACUUGGAAACACCUUGUAUAGUAUGGAAGUCUAAGAGAGAACUUGUCAUAUAAGGGUGGUUUGUGUAGAACAGCGCGCCAAGAAAAAAAAAUUAGAUAGUCGAAAGAGUCAAGUUGAUAUAUGUUCAGUUGAAUGCCUGUUCAAAAGUCUACAUUCCGAAAACCUGACAUUUUAAUCGCGCGAAAGGGGACAGGAGAGCAUCAAACUUGCAAAAAAGAAUCAUUCUCUUAUUCUCAUUUGAAAAUAAUCAUAAUCUCCAACGCUACACAGCUGCGUGAAAUAUUUCUGAACCUUCUAUACCGCAACCAAAAAUAAUUCUGAAAUACUUCAGUACAUUGAAAAUGUUAUUGAAUCUUCCUUAGGAUCCUUUUGCAUAUUCUUUCAGGUUGAAAAAUCAACUAACUAUGAUUUUUAUUCAGCUAUGUUGAGGUAACCUAUACCUAAUGAUACUUGAAAUGAAAUUUCAAUUUAACAUUUGAUCGUUGAUUACUCAAAUCAAAUAUAUGUUUUUGUGAAUAAUUGUUGAUCUUGAAAAUUUUAUCUAUUUAUUCACUUAUAGUUCAUGAUAAUUCUCGAUGUUCGUGAAUUUUUCAUAUUAGGCAUUUUCGAAUUCUCUUUACAUAAAUAUAUAUGAUAUAUAAGACGUAGAUUUAAAAUUCCUUCUAUAUUCAUGCAGUAUAUCACCAAUGGUGGUAAAACUUGUUUGGUAUUAUAGUAGCAAAGAUAGUUGCAAACAUUCCAACGAUUUUUUUCGUAUAGAAAUAGAUGAAAACAUAGUAUUAGGAUUUUUUUUUCAAAGAAAGAACCACUUCAUCAAUGUAUAUAUAUAUAUAUAUUAUUCGCAAUUAUUUUCGUGAAGUUCUUUCAUCUGUAGCUAUCCAUUCCGUUAUGAGUUUUUCAUGGAUACCAACGAAUCCAGAUGAAAAAGAUUCUUUUCUCAAUUUUACGACUAGAACUGAAAUAUGAAUUUCCGAAUAAAAAUUCAUGAUAUACGGAAUGGACAUUCAAUAUAAGAUAAGACAUCAAAUGCGAAUAUUCCACAGCUAUUCAUGGUACUCAUUUUUCGUUUGUUGUAUAAAUAGGAUGGUCCAUUCGAUUUUAAUACGAUA